AUGCCAAAGAAGGAGGUGUCCAGCAACCAUGGGGAAGAUGGGCUUUCCUCCCAAGAUAACAAGAAGAAGAAGAGGAAGAAGAAACACAAGAAGCGCAAGAAAGAAAAUAUAAAGGAAGAAGAAGCAACGAAUGAUAAUAGUAUACCCCCAUCGAAACGGCAAAAGACGGAACAUCGGAAUGCCCAGCCUGGUGGCACAGCCAAGAAGGCCUCAAAACUGGGAUUAUCCUCCCCAGUACCUGGUUUAAGAAGCAAUGGUAAGGAGGUACCUUCUUCUGGUACACACAAGAAGAAAAGAAAAAAGAAGAAAGACCGGCGAGUCAAACACAAGCCCAAAGUCAAUGGACCGGAUGGAACAGAAACGGCCAAAUCAGAGGCAGAUCUGCCCCGUGAUGAUGAGGCCGUCCAGGAACCAAAGCAUGGCAGCGAUCCAGAUGCAACGACUGCAUCGUUCCCCUAUCCGACGGAACCCGAUGACCAUUGUGAAUCACCCCUGAUUGCCUAUGCCCACAUCCAACCAUUGCUUCUGCAAUUGCAAUCCUCCAUGCUGACAUCGAAAUCGAAAUCCAACAACAACAACAACAACAACAACAACAACAAACAUAUCAAAAUCUAUGACCCUUACUAUUGCAACGGAGCUGUCAUUGAAAACCUUGCAUCCCUCGGAUUUCCCUCUGUUCACAAUAGAAAGGAAGAUUGCUACCAAGUCUGGUCAUCAGACGAUCAUUCUUCCUAUCCAGAGUUUGAUGUGCUCUGUACCAAUCCACCGUACAGCGCAGAUCACAUGGAGAAACUGAUUCAACACCUCACGAGCCAAAAAAUGAAGGGCAAGCCAUGGUUCUUGUUGAUGCCCGACUUUGUCCACAAAAAGGACUACUUUCUAUCCCAAAUGAAACAGCACAACAUGCUACCCUUUUACCUGGUACCCAAGAAACGGUACGUCUAUCUACCACCCAAAAGCUUUCGAGAAGCCAAAAAGAGCGACGUGCACAAAAAAUCGUCACCCUUUCAUUCCAUGUGGUACAUUUGGGGAGGAAACAAGCAACAAAACGAGCGCUUGAUCCAGCACUAUUUCACCAACCAGUGCACGGUUCUAGUAGAGCCAGGCAAUGAUGAAACGGCACGUACGCCAUUACAGCAAGUUGUAGACUUGGCACGAAGCAAGAGUGGUUUGCGAGAUUUGCGUCGCAAGCACCAAAAAUGA